AUGCAGAGAGAGAGUGUGAGAGAGCAGAAGAAGGUGUGGUUCUUCAGAAGAAAAGGGCCAUAUGGGUUCUCAUCAUCUUCCACAGCAGAAGAAGUUACUGAAGGGAUUGAUGCCACUGGUCUCACCGCCAUUGUUACAGGAGCAUCGAGUGGUAUUGGCACCGAAACCGCACGCGUUCUUGCACUGCGUGGCGCCCAUGUGGUUAUGGCAGUGAGGAACAUGGCUGCCGAUAAAGAUGCAAGAGAACAAAUAGUGAAGGCAAUCCCCACUGCCAAAGUUGAUGCCAUGGAAUUGGAUCUCAGUUCGUUAUCAUCCGUUAGGAAAUUCACAUCGGAUUUCAAUUCCUCCGGUCUUCCUCUUAACAUUUUAAUUAACAAUGCAGGAGUUAUGGGAACCCCUUUCAUGCUUUCGAAGGACAAGAUUGAACUUUAGUUCGCCACAAA